AAUGAAUCUGGAGGAAAUGGAAAACCCGGGAGCGUUGUUUAAAUAUGAAAAUGAUAACAUUCAUUUCUUUGAAAAUUCUCCCUUUAACACUAAAACAAGAGAGGGUCGGAUGUUGGAUGAAAUUUCUGGGAUGUACAGUUCUUUAUUUGGAUCAAAAUCAUCACCUGACAGACAGAAGCACCCUGUAGUGUUUCUGCCUGACGGGAGCAGCAAACCUUGUAAACCUUCAGGCCAGAUGUCAACAUUUGGUUAUCUCAGUUUUAUUCUUUCCGUGGUGAACUCCGUGGUUAAUGCCGCAAACAACAUCAACAACAACAACAACAAUAACAACAACAAUGAUAACAACAACAACAAUAACAACAACAACGUGAAUAUUCAAAACAGCAACAACAAUCAGAACAACAACAACAUGCUGAUGGUGGGAAGGAGAUUGAAUAUAGAGAAUAUCCGAAGGAUUGAGGAAACCCUGUCGAGACAUUACCAUACCACCCAGACGGGAAACGGAACUGUGUUGAGCUUACAGUGGAAAGAUUUUAACUCAGGACAGAACACUUCUCAAUCUGUCCGAGGUAGUCAGGAUGUUUUAAAGAACGGUGAUCAAACCGUCCCAGCUCAGGGAGCAUCAAUAAACAAUUCUCAAUCCGUCCGAAGUAGUCAGGAUGCUUUAAAGAUUGGUGAUCACACCGUCCCAGCUCAGGGAGCAUUAAAGAACACUUCUCAAUCUGUCCGAGGUAGUCAGGAUGUUUUAAAGAACGGUGAUCGCACCGUCCCAGCUCUGGAUGCUUCAAAGAACGCUUCUCAAUCCGUCCUAGAUGAUCUGGGUGCAUUUAAGAACAGUGCUCAAACCGUCCCGUUUGCUCAGGGCUCUUCAAAGGCUAACAGGAUUUCUACAAAUUCCCACGAAUCAGAAAUUUGGUGGGUUAAAACUGUUAAAGAUUGGACGACUAAGCUGCUUAAUGAUUGGAGCAGCGGUGAGAGCAGCAUCAGCAGCAGGAGGAGUAUAAGGAGGAGGUGGAGUAGGAGUAGCAGAUUCACGAAAACCAGGAGCAUUAAGGAUAUUCCCAGACAGGACAAAGAUACGUCUUUCGUUACAAGAGAGGAUCUCAGCGAUCUCUCCGUACAGGAGAGAAUGAUCGUCGAGACAAUUCUUUCAUCAAAUAUAUUCAUCAAUCUAUUCAUCAAGACGCAUCAACAAGACGAUAUUUUAAUGGAUGAUCACUGUGCCAAGAUAAAACAAAUAGCAGACUUGGGUACCUGGAGUAAGAUGGUUACUCGGAAACUAUCUCAAGGGUUGGAGAAGAUACUUGGUGUUAAGUUAGACUGUAAUUUGUAAACUAUUUCAAAAUAAUAAGGUUAAAUAGAAAUUUAGUUAU